UUGCUAACGUCCGUUGCAAAUUGCAGACAGAACCAAUUAUUGUAUGCCACUUCGUAAGAUGGGCAUUGGCCAUUCUCUAAAAUCUCUAUUUAAAGGGAAAGUUACAAAACCCACAUGCAUAUAUACCCACUACACUCACAUCCAUCUCCACUGUUCUCUAAACAAGUUGAGUUCAAAAUCAAAAUCUAAAUCAAAAGAAAGGAGCAUUUCUUACAUACCCCCCCAACCCACGACAUGCCUCUGUUUCUGAUCUUACUUCUGCAGAUAGUCGCUGUGACAUCAUCGGAUCUCCGACCUGGGUUUUACUCAAAGACAUGUCCACAAGCUGAAAUCAUAGUCCGAGAUGUCAUGAAGAAGGCCCUUAUGAGGGAACCCAGAAGUGUUGCCUCUGUUAUGCGCUUCCAGUUCCAUGAUUGCUUCGUCAACGGGUGUGAUGCUUCUAUGUUGCUUGAUGAUACACCAACCAUGCUUGGGGAGAAACUCGCACUCUCAAAUAUAAAUUCGCUUAGAUCAUUUGAAGUUGUUGAUGAAAUCAAGGAAGCCCUCGAGAACGCGUGCCCUGCCGUUGUUUCUUGUGCUGAUAUCAUAAUCAUGGCUGCUAGAGAUGCUGUCGCUCUGACAGGUGGACCCGACUGGGAGGUGAAGUUGGGGAGAUUGGAUAGCUUGAGCGCUAGUCAAGAAGACUCAAACAACAUUAUGCCAAGCCCAAGAGCGAAUGCAAGCUAUCUUAUUGACCUCUUUCAGAAAUUUAACCUUACCGUAAAAGACCUGGUAGCACUCUCAGGAUCUCACUCUAUUGGCCAAGCUCGUUGUUUUUCCAUCAUGUUUAGGCUAUACAAUCAAUCUGGAACUGGAAGGCCUGACCCUGCCAUUGACCCUAUGUUUAGAGAAGAGCUUGACAAGCUAUGCCCACUAGAUGUUGACCAAAAUGUGACAGGGAACCUUGAUUCCACCCCUCUGCUGUUUGAUAACCAAUAUUUCAAGGACUUGGUUGCUGGGAGGGGAUUUCUUAAUUCUGAUCAAACACUUUUCACAUUCCCCAGGACCAGGUAUUUUGUGAAGUUAUAUAGUAAACAGCAAAGUGAGUUUUUCAAAGCCUUUGUGGAAGGGAUGUUGAAAAUGGGUGAUUUGCAGUCUGGUCGGCCUGGGGAGGUUAGGACCAAUUGCAGGGUGGUCAAUGAUCAUGUCCUGUUUCAGUCUCAACACAAGACCGAGAAUUACCAUAAAUCAAUAUAAAUAAAUGCAUGCCAUUUACGAUUCAUGCAUUAUAUGGUAUCCAAAUUUUCAAUCUAUGAAACAAUUUACAAAAGUAUGAAACCGACAUAAACGCAUUGUAGCUAAUUUUAGUAUAAGACUUAUUUCAUGAUUCCGUCCAGUGAUAUGCAAGUCUCUAUCAUCCUUUUUAGUUGUCAUGCUUCCUAGUAACUAUUUUAACAUGGACUAGUUGGCAUGAAUAACAUAAGGUCAUACCCGAUAACAGAGUUCAGGAAAACUUAGUGCACCGAGGGAGCUGUUGAGGGAUGAAGUAGUUUGCAUUUUAUAUGUGAAUAUGGUAGAACAAUUCACUGUUAUGCAGAGAAAAAUCUCUAUGUUCUGUCUUGACUACGAAGUAGCUAAUUUACAGAGGAAAAUAAAGUUUACAUCAGUACACAGGAAAAGACUCGGAACAAAAGAAAAUGCCAAGUAUCAUACUAUCAUACUACUUGUCCAUAUUCAGUCAACAAACCCAUACUACUGGCAGUUAAUAACAAAACAUCUAAGUACAAUACACAACAAGCUUUCCCAUUACGUACCGAGUCGAUUUGAAAUGUGAAAGCAAUUGGAAAUCUUGGGAUAUUCAAGAUAUUUUCUAGUUCCUUACGGGGUUUGCCGUCAAUUUCCAAUUUUUGAUCAUUAAGAUUUGUGAUCAAAACAGAUUAAUAGUUGAAGAUAGAUAUUACCUCUCCCUUUCCUUUUCCAAAAAAAAGUUAUUGAAGUUAUUCUAUCUGGAUUAUUCCAAAAAAAAGAUAGAUAUUGAUCAUUAAGAUAGAUAUGUUAGGUUUAAUUCCUUUGACUGGCUUAUUUGUAACUGCAUACUUAUAAUACCAACGAAUAGUCAGUUUACUGGGGCGGCUUUCAUUGGUCUUUUCCUCGUAUGACAAAACUUAGAUGGGAUUCUAUAAUCUUUUCCUAAACAAGUGUAACUCUAAUUUUUCCUCCAACACACUAUUUAUUAAAUCCCCAUGAUGAAACAGCACCUACAAAACUCUCAUCUAAGAUGCUAAGUUUUAAAUUUAAAUUAGAUUAAGAAAACGGGAAAAUUAAAAAAUAUAUAUUUAAUUUAAAAUCUUGCUAAUAGUCAGCAAUUGUUUUUUUAAUUUCUAGUGAUAAACAAUCAAUUAGUCACCAAUUGAGGAAAUCAACAUCCAGUUUGAGGAAAUCUAAAAAUAAUUAGCCACUCUAGCUAAAAAUGUAACAAAACACUUAAAUAUGUUGCCUCAUGAAAAGUAAAAAGCAUUGAAUAACAAUGCUCCUCCACAGUUUGAAAUUCUUACCUGGAUUGCUAUGACCUCUCUCCCUUUGUCAGUCUGACUCACUCAUUGCUCUCAGAUUCCAUGCCUCUCAUUAAUAUAUAGUAGGUAUUUCUCUCAUUCAUUUGGUUGUUGAUGUUUGGUUUCCUUUAGCUAUGAUCUCUGAUUGCAGGACGCAUAAAAAUGAACAGUGCUAAAGAUUCAGCUAAUUUAAACAAAAUUGUACACUCUACAUGCCACUCUGCAUGGGUUUUAUCAUCAUGUACAGACAACUUACCAAGCAACACAAGCAUACAACAGCAAGAAGUUGUACCUCAUUUUGAUGCUCAUCAUAGUCAUGGGCCUCCUUUGUAAAGAUAUGCCAGUAUUCUGUGCCUAUAGCCCUUGAUCUCUGUCAACAGUUGCAGCAUCAUUCACAUGAGUAAUUCUAGCAAUACAUUCUUCACUAUUUGUUAAAAUUUAUUGAAAACAAAAAAAGUAUGAUAGAGAAGCAUUAAUUUAAGAGUGAGAAAGAAAUUUUUGUAGUUUUCAAUAAAUUUUAACAAAUAGUACAGGGUAUGUUACAAAGAGUGUGUAUUCAGUAUGUUACUAACAUUACUCCAUUCACAUUGCAUACGAUAGCAGCCUAGCACUUCCUUCCACGUCAAGCUUUCAGGACGCAGUCUUGCUUUGAUGAUUCCCUUCCUUGCACCUGCAGGCUUUAUAACCACAUUCACCAAUCAUUUCCUUUCCCAUUUUCAUCUUGGUUGACAGUUCCUGAACUGUCCAUUAUUUGUUCCCUCUUCCUGCACAUAUGCCCCCAAAACCCCAACAUCACCAACAGGUCAUCUCUUUCUGUAGAGGCAAGGCUCCAAGCUUUAUUGACUACUGCACAGCCAAUUAUUUCUGGAGCCAACCCUCAAAUGUCAAAUGCAUUGAUAAUUGAUUGAGAAGAUCAAGCAAGGGGAAGGGCGAAAAUGUCAUCCAAUAAAUAAGGGGCAAGUAGGAAAAAAAAUGGAAAGGAGGGAGUGGGGGUACAUGCUUGUGGCACCAUCUUUCCAAUCUAUUGAAAACAACAAAUGUAUCAGAAAGUGAAAAAUGCACAAUCUUUUAAAUCAUACUAGAACGAGUUUCAUCCAUAAAGAAACGAUAAGAAUCAUUCCUGAUGCAAACUGGGUUUUAACCUUUACUAACUAGGAAUGGUACAAGUUGGAGAAAUAAUAAC